AUGGCCGACACGCCCCUCACAGACGACUACGUCGCCGAACUCCUCAAAAAAGACGCCGCCCGCACAUCAAACCGCUUCCUCACGAACUCCCUCGGCGGCCUGUUGAGCAAACCGAGAGGCAAUGCCCCCAAACCCAACACUCGCUUUCUGAGAAACAUCGUUCGCGACGCGGAUACUCACAAUGCCGCUCUGCGCAGGAGAGAAGAAGAAGAGAGCAGAGCACGACUGAGGGAUCUAAAGCGUUGUGUGCGACGGAGAGAUGAGAGCAGCAGGAAAGAAGAAGAUCCCGACAGCCGAAGGCGGCGCAAAGCAGGCCUGAGUCCACGGGAGAAGAAGCACCACCACCACCACCACAGCCGAAGAGAGCGCUCCCGAGACCGCAAGAGAUCACGAUCCCGAUCCCCUAGACGAGGAGGCGAGCGCGGACAUCACCGCGAUAGGUCACGAGACCGCAGACAUCGUCGCCAUGCUAAUAAUAACGACGACGACGAGGACGACAACCACGCAGUGGAAGAACGCCAACACCGCCGCAACAACCCAGAACCCACAACUUCCAAAUCUAAGCGCUCUCCCAGCCUGGCAUCAGACUCAGACUCGGACCCAUUGGACGGAAUCCUCGGUCCCAAACCACCCCCUCCCCCUCCCACCACCCUGCCCCGCGGCAGGGGAGCCCAGAAAUCCUCCUCCUCCGCGGAAAUCGACCUCCGCUUCAACGAUCCCAACUACGAUCCAAAACUAGACGUCGGACUGGGAGACGGACUCGGAGACGGAGACGGAGAUGACUGGGACAUGGCAUUGGAAGCCCUCCGCGACCGAGCCAAGUGGAAAAAGUCGGGAGCGGAGAGAUUGCGAGCGGCGGGAUUCAGCGAGGAGGAAGUGGGGAGAUUCGAGGAGAGCGGGGUUCGACGAGGGAAUCAUCAGGAGGGAGAUAUUUCCCACGUGAAGUGGAGGAAGAGAGGGGAAGCGCGAGAAUGGGAUCGCGGGAAAGUGAUGGAGGGGAAUCAUGUUGAUUUGAAACCCGAAUGGGGGAGGUUGAAAGAUACCUGA